AUGACUACAGUCAAUGUAAACGAUGUUGAAUUAAAGAGUAUUAUAUGUUACUCCGAUCUUACCGAAGAACCAUUGGCUUCAUUUUCACCCGUUCAAGGCUAUGAACAUAUGCCCUUAGUAACGCUUGAAGAAGCAGUUCAGCCAUUACUCUCUAUUGUUCCCGAUAUCGAACAAAUGCUUGGCACAGUCCAUGAAACGUCUCGGGAUACGCAGGAUGGAUUGACACGCAAUGAAUCAGCGUCGAUCAUAUUGUAUUCAAUCAAUUGGCAACCGAAAGAACAUUCAUUCAAUCUCCUUCUCAAUCGAACUUUACGCGACCAGAACCGCGAAAAGUUAAAACCGUGGCUUCUAUAUUUGAAAUUGUUUAUGACUUCACUAUCGAAGCUUCCAUCUUUACAUUGUUAUGCAUAUCGCGGUGUACAAACGGAUUUAAGCGAUGUAUAUUCUCAAGGUAAAAUCUUCACAUGGUGGGGAUUUUCCUUAUGUAGUCAAUCCAUUGAAGUCUUUGACUCUGAACAAGAGAAUGAAACGCGGACGCGAUUUAAAGUCGAAUGCAAAUCGGCGAAAGACAUUCGCCAUCAUGUAUUCCAUCAAACAAAAGACACAAUUCUUUUACUAUCAUCACAGAAUUACAAAGUCUUAUCGAAUCUUGAUACUGGAAACGGUCUACACACGAUUCAUGUCAAAGAAGUCGACUCAUCAGCAAGUAACGAUCAUCGAGCAUCGAUGAGUUUAUCAUUUAGUCAAAGAAUACCGUCUCUAAGCAUCUCAAUUCGUGACACUUCAUUCUGUUCAGUAGUACUAAAGCUAACGGGAUCAUCGAAAACCUACCAAAACCCACAUUUACAAGAUCUAUUAACUCUCUGCAAACCGAAUUGCAUCAUUGACUUAUCUGUACAUGAAUUGAUCGAUCAAGACAUGUCAAUCAUCGUUCAACGAGCUAUUUUAGAUAAAAAAUGUACCGGUCUUUACUUAACUGGAAACAAACUAACAAAUCACGGUGUUUCUUUUCUUUCCGAUGCUUUGUAUCACAACUUCAUCCUCACUGAAUUGGAUCUCUCCGAUAACUACAUAUCCGACGAUGGUGUAAAGAGUCUGAUGAACGUCCUGCUGACCAAUAAAAGUAAACUCGAAAAACUCCAUUUUGGCUCCAACCAAAUCACCGAUCAAGGCCUACAAUAUCUAUCUGAUAUGUUGAAAACGAAUCGCUCGUUAACACAUCUAAUGUUAAAUCGUAAUCAAAUUACGAAUCACGGUGUACAUAUCCUAUCAAAUGUUCUAGCACUGCAAAAUAUCUCAUUGGAAGUUCUAUCACUAGCAUCAAAUUCGUUGAUUACAGAUCAAUGCGUCGAUUCGCUGAUUUUCAUGCUUAAACAUAACGAAACAUUGAAAGCAUUGGAUAUGAAACACUGCUCGAUAUCCGAACAGCAUAGCCAACGGCUACAGCAAGCUGCGAAUACGAAGAAUAGUUUUAAAUUUUUUUCAAGUCGACAAGAAAGUGCAUGUAUCAUAUCAUAG